CGCAACCCAAAUUAAUUUAAGGAAUAGCGACAAUUCUAUUUCGAACUUCAUAUUUUCCAAUUGUAAUUUUGCAUUAAAAUAUUAUUUGUAUCAAAAAAGCUGUGGACAUAGAAAAAAUCGAAUUUAAAAAUAUAAAAAUAUAAUCAAUCGUUUAAUAAGAAAAGAAUCGAAUUUCGAUUUAUCGGAUGCAACAUACUCAUCCCACUCGUGAGUGGCUUUUGACCUUAAUGAUGGCAACCGCGAAUAUGCAGUGUGGCGAUUUUUUAGAAUUUCAGGAUACAUUAAAAAAAAUGAGGCUGAUAGAUGAUAAAAUAAUAUAUAUGCUGAAUACUACAAUUCCAACUGAAUCCUUCAAAGGCCAAGUGGAUCCUACUAUGCAGUGUAAAGACUUAUUCCAGCAAAUAGAAUCGGAACAUACUCAAAGGGAACAAGCAAUCACAAAGUGUCUGGAUAUCACUAAGGAGAAAGUUGUGCAUAUGAAAAAAUUAAAAGACAAUGGUGACGAGAGUCCAGCUCUUAUAAAAAGCUUGAGAAAAGAACAGAAUAAAUUGAGAUUGUUACGAGCUGAACUCAAUAUAGAAGAAGUAGUAAGAAAACGCACAGUACAAGUCUACUAUGAAAGAUGCCGUGGAUUUUAUAAACCACCACAUAUGAAAGUAUAAAGGCUUCCAAUGAAUCCAAUGAACUGAGGAUCAUUUGGUUACAUCAUUGAUUAUUAGAUUAAUUGCUAUAUCCUUUGAAUUAUUUACAUAAAUUGUAUAUAGCAAUUUUAGAAAUAUUAGAUACAAUUUGUUUACUCCCUAAAAUGUUACAUUUUGCAAUGAGCAUAUAUAGUAUAUAAAAAUCUUUCUACGAGCGUUUAUUACAUUUGUGUAUCAUCUACAAGGAAUAAUGUACAUGAAUCAUAUAGAUCAUAUGGUCGGGUCUACAAUGUUGUAUGUAUCGCCAACAAAUUGAAUUAUCAAUAAUGUACAUAAAUCAAGGCUCCUCACUUAAACAAUGUAAUUGUACAAUAGAUGCAUGUAUAUACACAUAUACAUAUAUAGGGAGUGUGUUUUAUUAUCUGGUUAUUGUAAGGAAAUACUAUUUUAUAAAACGCUCGUUAUACAUUACAAAUACAAGCAAUCAAACCAAAACAUUUAAUGCCUUAUGAAAAAUAUCAUAAGUAAUAUCAUAAGUGAUAGAGUAAUAGUGAGAUUGUUUCACAUCUGCUCGCGCUUUUUAAAAUUUUGUAUCUUAAAUAAUUCUAUCUUGUUUCUAUGUUUCUCCAUUCUCAUCUCUGCCGAGUGAAUGUUAUGAAACUUUAUAGUUUGUCAUUUCUAUUUAUUUUUAUCCUUGUCCAACAUUUCCUGAUACCAAUCAUCUCUCAUUUUAGACAAAUUUUCUCCUUUCUCAGCUUGUCUCUUCCCCAGUAUCGCAGCAAUUAUGCAACCAAUUAUACUCAUAACUAUCAUGUAGUUUAUAGUUUUAAUUCGAGCUUUACUCCUUGCAGUGAGUAAACAAUCAAUUCUGGAAAAAAGUGAAAUUAUAAGACAUGAAAACAUACAAAAGAAAUUAUAUUUUUUGUAAUUAUCAACAUUAGAAUUUUUGUAAUUAUCAACGUUUUAUUCACAAAGAAACUAGAAAAUGUAUACUCUUGUUUAUUUUUACUUUUA